CAGGGGGAAUCACAUUGAAUCUUUCUUCCACCACCACCACAACAACAACAAAAAUAAAUGGGUGUCCUCUUCCAUUGAGAGCUGGGUUCAGGUAUUUCAGGUUACUCAAAACACCGUUGCCCCAGUGGAAUGGAAAACAGGGGCGUGCUGUUUGCGGAACAGAGAGUGGGCCAGGGGUUGUCUCUUGACCCGGCUGCUUCCUGCCUAUGCGGAACCCUGGAGUGAGGGGUGGGUAUUCCAGUCGGAGCGCUUGCUGUGUGAAGCCGAGUUCCGGUGCGGGCUCAAUGGCGGCCGCGAGAGCUGGUGAAGACAUUUAAAACCAGAGAAAAAUUUAAUCCCCGAUUCUCAUCUCAAACACCCGAACGAGCGGAGUUGGGCAACGCCAGGGGAAUCGAGCGGCUUCCAGUCCCACCGUCCUGCCCACUCCGUGCCGGAGCUGCCAGGCGCCAUGGCCGGGGACAGGCCCUCGCUCACCGUCGUCUACCAGGCCGUCAAGGCGCUUUACCACGACCCGGACCCGGCCGGCAAGGAGCGCGCUUCCGUCUGGCUGGGCGAAUUCCAGAGAUCGAUGUAUGCUUGGGAGAUUGCGGAUCAGUUGCUCCAGUUGCAACAAGAGGUGGAGCUCUGCUACUUUGCAGCGCAAACGAUGAAGAUGAAAAUUCAGACGUCAUUUAAUGAACUUCCACCUGAAACGCAUUCGUCUCUACGAGACUCUCUGCUCACCCACAUUCAAAACUUGAAGGAUGUGUCUCCUGUGAUUGUUACACAGCUGGCACUGGCGAUUGCGGAUCUUGCCCUGCAAAUGGCCUCGUGGAAAGGAUGUGUGCAAAUGCUAACUGAAAAGUAUAGCAAUGACCCCUCAUCCCUUUCCUUCCUAUUGGAAAUCCUGACCGUGCUUCCAGAGGAGGUUCAUAGCCGGUCCCUUCGAAUUGGAGCCAACCGCCGCACUGAAAUAAUCGAGGACCUGGCAUACUCCUCAAGCACAGUGGUAUCACUGCUGACAGCCUGUACAGAACGUAGCGGCAAUGAGGAGAAGACUCUAAUCAAGGUGUUCCGGUGCUUGGGGAGCUGGUUUAACCUGGGUGUGUUGGACAGCAACUUCAUGGCAAAUAACCGACUGCUACUAAUCCUUUUUCAGGUUUUGCAACGUGAUGAUACCUCAACAAACCUACACGAGGCUGCGUCAGACUGUAUCUGUUCGGCACUGUAUGCCAUUGAGAAUGUAGAGACAACCCUACCUCUAGCUCUGCACCUAUUCCAGGGUGUGCUAACUCUAGAAUCUGCAUAUCACAUGGCUGUGGCACGUGAGGACCUUGACAAGGUUCUGAAUUAUUGUCGGAUUUUUACCGAGUUGUGUGAGACGUUUCUGGAGACAAUCGUACAGACCCCAGGGCAAGGGCUCGGAGACCUGCGGACGCUGGAACUAUUACUGAUCUGUGCAGGGCACGCGCAAUAUGAGGUAGCGGAGAUUAGUUUUAACUUCUGGUACAGAUUGGGAGAGCAUCUCUACAAAAUGAAUGACCCAUCGCGUCACGCUGUCUUUCGUCCAUACAUUCAGCGGCUGCUUCAUGCCCUGGCCCGGCAUUGCCAGCUAGAACCAGAUCACGAUGGAAUUCCAGAAGACUCAGAUGACUUUGGGGAGUUCCGGAUGAGAGUGUCUGAUCUUGUGAAGGAUGUGAUAUUCCUGGUUGGUUCGAUGGAAUGUUUCACACAGCUUUAUUCCACACUGAAAGACAGUGGGCCAUCCUGGGAGAUCACUGAAGCUGUCCUUUUCAUCAUGGCUUCCAUAGCAAAAAGUGUAGAUCCUGACAAUAACCCUACCUUGGCUGAAGUACUUGAGGCUGUAGUUCAGCUCCCAGACACUGUGCACAUGGCAGUCCGAUUCACUAGCAUUGAACUGGUCGGAGAACUGAACGAGGUUGUUGAUAGAAAUCCAAGAUUCUUAGAUCCAGUGUUAAAUUAUUUAAUGAAGGGACUGCGGGAGAAAACACUUGCAUCAGCGUCAGCCAAAGCCAUUCAAAACAUCUGUUCCUCCUGCCGUGAUCACAUGACUCAGCACUUUGAGGGCCUCCUGGAAAUAGUUCGUUCUCUUGAUACCUUCAGCCUCUCGCAUGAAGCUGCCAUUGGCCUCUUGAAAGGCACAGCACUUGUUCUUUGCCGGCUUCCUUUGGAGAAGAUCACCGAAUGCCUCAGUGAGCUGUGUGCUGUACAAGUCAUGGCACUGAAAAAGCUCCUGGCACAAGAGCCUGCCAAUGGCCUCGCUACGGACCCCACCAUAUGGCUGGAUCGGCUGGCUGUUAUUUUUAGGCACACAAACCCUAUUGUGGAAAAUGGACAGACGCAUCCAUGUCAGAAGGUGAUACAUGAAAUCUGGCCUGUCUUAUCUGAAACCUUGAACAAACAUCAAGCCGACAAUCGGAUUGUAGAGCGCUGCUGUCGGUGCUUGCGUUUUGCUGUCCGUUGUGUGGGGAAAGGGUCAGCUGCAUUGCUUCAGCCCCUGGUCACCCAGAUGGUGAACGUUUAUCGAGUGCACCCACAUUCCUGCUUCCUCUACCUUGGCAGUAUCCUGGUUGACGAGUAUGGAAUGGAAGAAGGCUGCAGGCAGGGACUCCUGGACAUGGUGCAGGCCUUAUGUAUGCCAACAUUUCAGCUGCUCGAACAACCAAACGGCCUUCGGGAUCACCCAGACACAGUGGAUGAUCUUUUUCGCCUAGCAACCAGAUUUAUUCAGCGAAGCCCGACCACGCUCCUACAGAGUCAGAUCAUCGUUCACAUCCUGAAUUGCGCCAUUGCAGCCGUCAUCCUCGACCACCGGGAUGCUAACUGUAGCAUCAUGAAGUUCUUGAGGGACCUUAUCCACACGGGGGUUGCCAAAGAUCACGAGGAUGACUUUGAACUUCGGAAAGAACUGAUCAAGCAGGUGAUGACCCAACACGGUCAACAACUGGUCAACCAACUGCUCCAGGCUGUGUGCUUCUGCCUUCCCCCAUAUACCUUGCCGGAUUUAGCAGAGGUUAUAUGGGAAAUCAUGCAGGUCGACAGAGCGACCUUUUGCCGAUGGUUGGAAGCUUCACUCAAGUCGUUACCUAAAGAGACAGCAGGGGGUGCUAUCACAGUAACACACAAGCAGCUGACUGACUUCCACAAGCAAGUUACCAGUGCUGAUGAAUGUAAGAAAGUUUGCUGGGCUUUAAGAGACUUCACACGCCUCUUCCGAUAGCUGUGUUCACAAAUCCAUGACUUGCAUCAGUCUCCCAGAGGACUGUGUCUCAAAAAAAAGACCAGAAAUGCAAAUCAAAAUAAAACCCAAAAUGCCAUGGCCGGGUCCCAGCGAGAGCAAAUGGGGCAAACAAUCACAAGCAGAGGUCUGUAGCCUGGGAGAGAAGUGCCAAACGCCCUACUGCAUAACGCCACAUGGGUGCAGCUUCCCUGGCAUUGUGCAUCAGGGCAUGCAAGGGAUGGGGGAGGUCCAGAUUUUUGUCCCCCUCCCAGCAUCAAGAUGGCUUCAACGGGGGAUCGACAGCAUGAAAGAACAGCUACCAAAAUGACUGGUGGCGGAAAUUCAGUUGCCUCAAGCUUGUAUGUAAAAGGAGGAUCUGGAAUAAACCAGCUUUUAAAAUCAGCCAGAAUUCCUUCAGGGAGGAGUUUGUUUUGUUUAUUUUUGGGGUGGGGGGAGGGUAGAAUGGGGGAGGGGAGAUUAUUGUGCAUAGCACAAGAGACUUUCUUGAUUUUUAAAAUGAAAAUCAUAUUUAGUGUUCAUGAUUAAUGGACAAAGGACAGAAUGGGCUUUGUAACCUCAGCUGUGUCACAACUUUAAAAAAAACAUUUAGGAAAGAGCAUUAGUAAAAAAAAUACAAAAAAAAAUCCAGAAUUCCUAAAACGGAGCCAUGGAUCUCUGGGACAUGGAGUUGUGGAUCUGAGCCU